AUGGAAUAUUCGCGAGUGUCGGAAGUUGGGAUUUCAGUAACGGAGAAAUUACAAACGUUGGAUAAUCGACAAGAAUCGGCUGAUAUCCAAUCGCAGGCGACGCGAACAGAGCAACAAAUGGAAGAUCGUUUGUGCACGGACAGUGAGGAGCUGAAAACCACGGAGCUAAUAGAGAAGAUGGUGCGAGGUUUACGCAAUUUGCAAAUCGGAGAUACGACUUCUGUGCCGUUCCACCUGUCCAAACUAGAGAAACAGGUGAAGCACGUCGCGCACAACAUGGACGUUUCACAAGCGGACCCGUCCACCCCCGUGGAAACGCGCGAGACUCAGGGUCAGGGUGACAUACGCGCGGUGAUCGAAACAACAACGGACCCAAUGUGCACCAGACUGGAGAAAGAAUCCGACAAUUCGAACGAAGCGACCAGGGUAUCGGUCAGUCUGCUCUACCGGAUGAUCGAGGAACUAGAAUCCAAGAUGGCGGAGUCGAGCGAGAAGAAGGACGCCGAGUCGGAGACGGUCAGUAAAGACAAGAUCGAGAUAUGGGAAGAAAGAGAAGAACGAUUCAUAAGAAGCAUCGAAAGCGUCGACGACACUGAUCAGAACGUCGAUUCGCAGCCGGAAAAUGACAACGAGAGCGUCGCGUUCCCUUUCGUCACAUCCUCGACACACCUACCGAGGAAUGCUUCGUUGGAGGAAGUGGCCAUCGAGGAAAUUGCGUCUUCUCCCGACGAGGAAGACUGUUCACCGGACUCAACACGCAAUAACAAAACGAAGAAGAAAUUGCACAAUGGCGCACAGUCUGGUGACCAGAAGAAGGGUAUCCUAAGCAGAACGCGGAAAUUAUUCCGUAGCAUGUUCGGCCGUCGGAAGAAAUGAUUCGAACGUCGAUUUCGGAGCUCCAGAGUUCUUUCCUCGAACGCGCAACAUCUAAAUG